AUGUCGCAAUCACCUGGUAAUGAUCAAAGUCCAUUUGCUGUUCUUGUUAAGCGUCUUAUUGAAAGUAAUGAACAAAUGCGAGCUCAAGUUGGCAAAAUAAAUCAUCUUGUACUAAAAGACGAUGAUAAAAAUCGUUCAUUAAUUCUCGAUGCAAAUAGUAUAUCUUCAAUUGAAUCAUCUAUUCGUAAUUUAGAUCGUUUAACAAAAACAUUCCAUGAAAUAUGUUCUGAUUUAACAACACAAAUUCUCUUACUUUCUGAUGCUAAUGAACGAGUAAACACACAAGAUAUAGAAUAUAUAGCAUAUCAAGCAUGUGAUAAAGUCUAUAAAAAACGAAGAUAG